AUGGAGGCCCGGACAAGAAAUCGUCCGCAAUCACAACUUCCUACUGCAAGUCCACCAUCCAACAAGAAACGCAAGUCGAGUACUGGAAACUCGACAGAUGAGCAGAGUGGCGAUGAUGGUAAGAAAAGAGGGCGGCCACGCGUCGAGAAGCAAGAUGAAUCCGCAGCCGAUCGUCGUCGCACGCAAAUUCGGAUGGCUCAACGGGCGUACCGACAACGCAAGGAAACGACGCUCGAAGGGCUUCGAAAGCGAGUGUCUGAAUUGACCAACACGAUCGAACUCAUGAACAAGACUUUUAUGGACCAUCGUGAUCGUCUCUUCGGUUCAAAUCUUCCAGAAAUGCAUCUGCGCGAUGUGCGUAACACAGCGAUGCAAUUCGAUUCGCUUAUGAGUGCUGUGCGCAAUCCGACCGACAGUGCUGCAGAAGACUCGACCGCAGUAGAAAGCCACCGAGAGUCAGCAAGCUCAACUCACGGUAGUGUUGAUGUACCAAGGCCAUCUGCUCUGGAGCCCAAGAAUGUCAACUCCUGGAUCGACCGCUCGACCGUCAUCCACCACCAGCAGCUGAGACAACAACAAGCCCAACAGGUCGGCAUGGGGUAUACGAUGUAUAUGCAAGGACAGCAGCACAACAUGGAAAUGGGGCACCAACACCACCACGAUUACAUGUCCAAUUUCGAUGCAACCACCACGCAGCUGAUGCCCCCGAACAACAAAGAGUCGUAUCCGAACCCUCAAAACGAAUUUGACAUUUUUCGCGUGGAAUUGCCAGAGAUCACGAUUCCUCCUUCGUUAGAACCUCCCAAGACCUUCUCGCACAAGGAAUCGAGUUUCGCACGACGUCUCCAUCGUUUUGCUAUUGAGCGUGGGUACCAACUCGUUCUCGAUUAUGAACGCGACCCUGCCACCUAUGCUCGGGUAUUUCGGCUCUCCCUGAUGAGCAGAGACCGAACAAAGCUCAUGAAGAUGUUGCGAGACACUCUCGAUGGCAACCCUCAUGACCCUCUUGACCAAGCGUCUGAUCUGAUCCACGUUGGCGGAGCAGGCACGCACUAUCCGCGACGGGACGAAUACGGCAAUCUGAAGCCUAAGAAACAAUCUUGGUAUAUGGGAAUCAUUGGUCCGCAAAUGCUCGCUCUCCUUGAGAACGCAGCACAGGACAGGAUUAGUGUGGAUAUGACGGUAGAAAUUGCUGGGAUGGAAGGGGAAUGGCUCGAUCCCUACGAUGUGGAAGGAUAUCUGGCAGAAAAGGGCAUUCGCAUCGACCCUUCAGCAUCCUUUGCAGAAGCUGAGGUGACUGUUCCGUCUGUUCCUCCAAGUACGACGAGCGGCACUGAUUCAGCGUCUUCGUUCGGAGCCCCGACUCCACCAGCUGAUCAAUCGGGCUUCCCAUUCUGGCAACGACCUCAGCAAGCCUACGAGAAUGUCGCUAUGCGAAAGCAAAGUGUAACGAGCUUUGACGCGAUGGACUUUGACGACGCCUGGGCUGCGAGCACGGUCGGAUUCUCCGACGCGUUGACAGGAAGCUGGAUGAAUUUCAUGCAACCGGGCCAAGGGGUGACCGUGCAUCCACCACUUGACUCUCAACCAUCGGCGACCACACCGACUGGUGCCACGGAUCUCAGCUGGGACGGGAUGCAUUCACCAGGGCAUACGCAUUUGCAAGCACCCGACGUUCGCUCCCCUUGGACUGGCAAGACGACCCAAAACACGGCCGGCCAGACGAAGAAGUCGAUCAUUUUGGACGUGGCAAAGUUCUUGAGCACCUUGACGGAAUCUGGUAUGUGCCUCACUCGGGCACCUGGUUACAGGCGAAGCGAUGUGGAUCGCGCGUUGGCGUUGGCUUCCUUCGAUGCGUUUCAAUAG